AGAAGAAUGGCUCCUGGAAAUGCUUCUCUUGUGACUGAAUUCAUUCUGGUGGGGUUGGCAGAGCUACCAGAUACUCAGCUUUCCUUGUUUUUCUUUUUUCUAGUAGUGUACAUGGUCACUGUGCUGGGAAACUUGAGUUUAAUAACUCUAAUUGGUUUAAAUUCACACUUGCACACCCCCAUGUACUUUUUCCUCUUUAAUCUCUCCACUAUAGAUCUCUGUUACUCUACUGUGUUUACUCCCAAAAUGCUAAAUCACUUAAUAUUUAAGAAGAAUAUUAUCUCCUACCAUGGGUGCAUGACCCAGCUCUUCUUUUUCUGCUUUUUUGGUAUUUCUGAAGGCUAUGUGCUGACAGUAAUGGCCUAUGAUCGCUAUGUGGCCAUCUGUAACCCACUUAUGUAUAACAGUGUCAUGUCCCCCAAGGUGUGUUCCAGUCUUAUGUUUGGCUCAUAUCUGGUGGCUUUUUCUGGUGCCGUGGCCCACACAGGUUGUAUGCUGAGACUGACUUUCUGUGAUGCAGACACCAUCAACCACUAUUUGUGUGACAUCCUUCCUCUCCUCCAGCUCUCCUGCACCAGCACCUAUGUCAAUGAGAUGGUAGUUUUUGUUGUGGUGGGAAUUAACAUCACUGUGCCCAGUGUCACCAUCUUUGUCUCCUAUGGCUUCAUCAUCUCCAGCAUCCUCCGCAUCAGCUCCAAGGAGGGCAGGGCCAAAGCCUUCAGCACCUGCAGCUCCCACAUCAUUGCUGUUGCCCUUUUCUUUGGCUCAGGUGCAUUCAUGUACCUCAAACCAUCUUCUGCUGGGUCCAUGGACCAGGGCAAAAUCUCCUCUGUGUUCUAUACCAAUGUGAUUCCCAUGCUGAACCCUUUAAUUUAUAGUUUGAGGAAUAAAGAUGUUAAACUUGCUCUGAAAAAAACAUUAAGUAGGACUUGGACUGGAAAAUCUAGGAUUUUGUGUUACAGAGAAGAGGCCAUGGGAAGGAAAAUUUUAGAAAAUGGACUUGAUUCAUAA